AUGGUCCGCCUCUUUAAGAAGAGUAAUGAGGAGAGCAGCUCCUCAGCGACUGAGAACAACAACAAUGGGAAGAAGGAGUCCUGGUCGACUAAGAUGAAGUCGGCCUUCUGUUGUGGCGGCUCAAGCCACGCUGUAAAGGACCCUAAGCUAAUACAGCAUUCGCAAAGUAGACGAUCGAGAGGUUCUAUUGAGGUCUCCCCGAUGACCACUAGGGCUGAUAGUAGCGCUAGAGGAUCUGUUGUGACGGACCUAGACUGUGAGUUCCGACAGGCUCCCAUGACGACAUCCCUUUUGGCGGAUGAGCACGGGUCAGAGGAGAAGACCGGAAGGUUCCACCUAUUUGGACAUCGGAGAGAUGGAAAAGAGUUGUUGAAGAAAUAG